CAAAUCCAAGAGACCAACGAUGGCGGACCUCAUGCUUCAGGGAGAGUUCUCCAAGGACCCGAACAAACCGUUCACGACGCGUGUGGACGAAGUGGCGGCGUCCUUUGAUACCCUUGUGCUCGAAUGCAGCGACUUGUACUUGGCCCUGGAGAAGCAGGAUGCCACGCAGCAAGCCGAGGCUGCAGAAUCGAUCAAGAAGAAGCUGGAGGCGUUCAAUUCCGUGUGCGACGAACUAUACAAAGAAAUCAUGCGUCGAAAGGAAAAGCUCGUGAAUGCGAACGAGCGUGUUCCCGGCAACAACAAGUCCUCGGACCUCCAUCGACAGAUCCAGACGGCGGGCAACCUUGCGCAGAUGCUGGGGGAAUUUCGCCAUUUCCUGGAAACUGGAAAAUCCGACGUCCAAUAAUUUACCAUAACAUUAGGUUGCUUCCCUUGACGAUGAUAUUAAAAGGCGCAGUCGGUAUAUAAGUAUAUAUUCAUGA